CAUGCGCACCGGCACUGCAGCGGGCGGGUGCGGAGUCGGGGCGCGGGGACGCGGGGCGGCGCGAAGCGGGGCCCUCUGCCGCCCCGCGCUCCCAUGUACGCCUUCUAUUCGCUGCUCAUUUAUAUCUUCUACAGCCUCUUCCGCAGGGAUGGCGGAGCAGCGGCGGCCGCGGACCCCGGGGAUCCCGUCCAGAGAGCCCGCUGCAAGCCCAGAGGUCGCCGUCGCCCCGACCAGCCCACGCCAGAAUUGUGGACAGAGCUGACCAACCUGACCGGCUGCUCGGAGGCUGAGCAUGGGACAGAAGGGGGAGCCGAAGGCCGCCCGGCCGAGGUUUCCCUGGAAGAGGCUCUCCUGCGCCUUGCUGAGUUCCUCUCUGUCCAGCUGGGGGCGGAAGAGAGCUGCGGGAGUCCUCCCGACCUGGGCAAGCCCGGUGAGGUCCCCCCACUGUUGACAGUGACCAGUCAACUCCUAGCUCUUCUGGCAUGGAUUCGAAGCCCCAGGGGGAGGCAGGCCCUGCUCCAGGGAACUCAGCUAGCUUCUCAGGAGCGGCACCCCACUCCAGAUGGAUCCCCAUACCGAGAAGAAAGCCCUUCCCACCUCUCUGAAGUCCCCGGGGAGGCGGUGGAAGAUGAGGACCAGAGGGCUUGGCAGCGUCUGGAGCAGCUCAUCCUUGGACAGCUGGAAGAGCUGAAGCUACAGCUAGAGCAGCAGGAGGAGGAGCUGGGCCGACUACGCCUGGGUGUGGGGGCGACAGACUCAGAGAAAAGGGUGCAGCAUCUAACUCUGGAGAACGAGGCCCUGAAGCAGAGCCUGAGCCUCACUCGGGACCUCUUACUGCACUGGGCCCCAGGCCCCCUGGCCAGGGCCCCACAGGAGGAGGCAGAGGCACUGGUGGAGCUCCAGGGCCGGCUCCAGGAGGCCCAGGACACCACAGAAGCCCUCCGAGUCCAGCUGGGGGCACAGGAGAUGCAGCUACAGGGCCUUCAAGGGGCCCUUCAGCAGCUCCAGCAGGAGGCAGAGCAGAACUGCAGACGGGAGCUGCAACAGAUGCAUGGGCAGCUGGCAGGACUUCGGGCACGGAUGGCCAGCCUGCGUCAGGGCUGUGGGGACCUCCGAGGACUGGUCAGCACCUUCACCCAGAGCUGUCAGGGUUCCCUGAGUGAGGCCCGGGGCCAGGUAUCCUGGGCCCUGGGGGCACUGUCAGCAGGAAGGGCUGGCACUCAGCUCCCUGCAGGGCAGCAGGAGCCCCCAACUGGAUGCCCUGGGCGGCUGCCAGAGCUCAAGGGAAAUAUCCGUGUCCUAUGUCGGCUGAGGCCAGGGACACCCUCCAGCUUGGUGAGCGUGGAGCCCGGCCCAGGGGGCACCGUUACCACCCACUAUCGAGGGCGCCAUCGUCGCUUCCGCCUGGACUGGGUCUUCCCUCCAGAUGCCAGCCAGGAGGAGGUUUUCAGGGAGCUGGAGCCAGCUGUGCUGUCCUGCCUCCAUGGCUACAGUGUCUGCAUCUUCACUUAUGGUCAGACAGGGACUGGGAAAACCUACAGCAUGGAGGGGCCACCUGAGGACCCAGGCAUAGCUCCUAGGGCACUUCAGUCACUGUUCCGAGAGAUGGGAGCCAGAGGGCAGCACCGUGUGACCCUCAGCAUGGUGGAGAUCUACAAUGAGGCUGUCAGAGACCUUUUGGCCCCAGGGCCUCCUGAGCGCCUGGCCGUGAGGCAGGGCCCAGAAGGCCAUGGGCGUAUCCAGGUGGCUGGCCUUACCCACUGGGACAUACCCAACUUGGAGACGUUACAUCAGAUGUUGAGGCUGGGGAGGAGCAACCGGGCUACUGCUGCCACUGCCAUGAACCAGCACAGCUCCCGCUCUCAUGCCCUGGUCACGCUGACGCUGUGUGCAGUGUCUCCACCGUGCGCUCCCGGCACGGCAGGGACGCUGCACCUGGUGGACCUGGCGGGAUCCGAGCGCGCACGGAAGGCAGGAGCGGCCAGCGCGCCCCGGGGAGACCCGGACGGUGCCCGUCGUCUACGGGAGGCCCAGACUAUUAACCGCUCACUGUUGGCGUUAGGAGGCGUGAUGGCUGCACUGAGGGCCCACCGGCCGCACGUACCUUUCCGAGACUCGCAGCUUACGCGCCUGCUGCAGCCUGCGCUCGGCCCGGGCACAACUGCGGUUCUGUUGCUGCAGGUGGGCUCUCCCGCAGGCGCUGGCAGUGGGAGGGUCGUUGCAUGCCAGACUCCGCCCAGUCGCAGCCCGCCCACCAGCACUGCUCUCCUCCCCCGCAGAUCUCCACAAGGCCAGAGGAUCUUGGGGAGACUGUCUGCUCACUCAAGUUCGCAGAGCGAGUGGGCCAAGUGGAGUUGGGGCCAGCACGGCGCCGCAGGGUCCCUCGCUCCUCCGGGACACCCUCCUCCCUCAGUACUGACACCCCGCUCACUGGGACCCCUUGCACCCCUACGCCAUCCCCCGGUAGCCCUCCAAGUCCCAGUCCGGAGAGUGGCUCCAGAUCGGCCCUUGUGCCCCCAGAGGGUUUUCCCGGGUAGUCCUGGGUCUUGGCCCUACCCAGGAGGGUUGAGGACACACCUCUGCUGGCAGAGGCAGUAGAAAAGUCCCUAUACCUGGUAUCCCAGGGUACAAUGUCCUUGACUUCUCGGGGCCCACUGCCCCCAAACUCCCAGAGUUGCCCCUCCACCUCGCCAGUCAGUGUUAUGCCUGGAUAAAUUAUCCCCCUCUCCCAAUAAGGCUACAGGGCUCUCAGCUUGCUCCUUAUCACCAUUUGCUGUUAUCACAGCACACAGCAGGGAAUCCCAGAGCCGAGGGGCCAGAUCCCAGCCAAGUGGUUACCCAAGUCACCACCUCUGACCUCAGAAUCAGGAGGCAUGGCAUUAAAAUGUUGUAAAUUC